AUGUUAUUUUUGCGACAGAGAAAGGCAUCUACAUCGGGUGAGAAUUGUGUACCCGUUGGCGUUGAUGUACCAAAGGUGCCUCCUUUGGGGAAACCAAAUGACUCCAAAGGCAAUGCUUCAAAAUUGCUUAUCGGAGGUGCUGCGUUUGUGGGUGCUGCGUUUGUGGGUGCUUCUCUGGUAGCAUAUCAGAAUGGAUAUCUGGGGAAAGAAAAGCAGAAAUUAAGUGAGCCACUUAAUUCGGAGGCUGUUACUGAGACACCGGAGGACUUGAAUUUAGCUCAUCCGGGUGUAGAAGUUGGUAAAGCUAAAGCUCCUCAUGCUAAGGCUUCAGUGGGAAUGCAGAAUGACAGAAAGGUGCAUCCCAAGUGCGGUCCAACACCUAAACGUUAUGCACAUAUUUCUUCUAAGACACCUCAAGAAAGUGCUUCCCACAGUGCGGCGAAAAGGUCGCCUGUUUCCUCGGUUGGAGAAAAUGUGAGGAUGGAAGCUGAAGAAAUAUGUAGAUUGAGAAACGGAGACAGCCUUGUUGCCAGCUAUGGCCGCAACAAUAUCAUCAAGACUAGGCAUUUUAGUGAUGGAAGAGAAAUUUGUUGCCCUUUGAUCUGUUGUCUUGCCAUUGUUGCCGAUUGA